AUGUUAAGGCGAACACUUUUUCUUCGAAAAGUAACCCGAUCAUGGACAAAAUCUUCCAUUUCCGCAGCAUCGGCUCACUUUCCAGAUGCCAUAAGAGUAGAUCCUGCUGCUCAGAGAAGUGCAGCGACCUCGGCAAAGGAACAACGCACGUGGGUACUGGAUGAUUUCUCAAACAAUAAACCCCGAAAGAUACCAAAACAUAUUCAAUGGUUAACACGAAAAGCGAGUUGUUGGGCUCAAUUGGUGCGUGCGGAUAAACCUGUAGGGACAUUACUAUUACUAUUACCAUGUUACUGGGGUUCUAGUCUCGCCGUAACACGGGCACUUGUAUGGGAAGGAGCAGAUCCUGUCGUUCUCUUUGCUCCUUUUAUUCCUGUACAUCUUAUUAUACUUUUUGCUACUGGAGCUUUUUUAAUGCGUAGUGCUGGAUGUGUUAUUAAUGAUAUGUGGGAUAGAAAAUUUGAUCGUUUAGUUGAACGAACCAAAACACGACCGUUAGCUUCUGGAGCAAUGAGUAUGACUGAAGCCUCAGGUGUUCUUGUGGUUAAUCUUGCUUUGGCAUUAGUUAUUGCUUUGAAUUUAUCUCCUAUGGCUCUUGUGGUGGUGGUAUCCAUUACUCCUCUUAUAGUUCUUUAUCCAUUUAUGAAACGUGUUACUUAUAUGCCACAAUUAUUUCUUGGACUUUGUUAUAAUUGGGGUAUUUUUGUAGGAUAUGCUGCCGUCUUGAAUCGUGUGGAUCUUGCAGUUACUUUACCAAUCUACACUGCUGCUGUGGUAUGGACUGUUCUCUAUGAUACAAUUUACGCCUAUCAAGAUAGAAAAGAUGAUAUUAAAUGUGGUGUGAAAAGUUCUGCUCUUCUUAUUGGUGAUCGUAAACAUAUUCUUAUGGCUAUGAUAUUUCCUGUGGGUUUAGGAAUUCUUAUUUCUGGUUUAAUGGUUUCACAAUCUCUUCCAUUUUAUAUAGCAAUAUUGAUAUGUGUUUGGUAUCUACAAGGUAUUGUAGAUGAUGUUAAUAUAUACGAUGGUUGGUCAUGUGCAACAGGUUUUAGAAGAAAUGUACGGUUUGGCUUUUUUGUAUUCUUGUCCAUGUGUCUUGGAAAUGUUUUUUGGGCAUUAGCCUCUGAACAUCAGAAGGAAAAGGAUGCUGAAAAUAGUUCUGUAUCUGAACAAUCUGCUUUAAUGAAGUUUUUACUGUUUAAUAAGGAAGCAGAGAAAAUAGCCUAUGAUGUACAUGAUGUUCGCUGGGUAGAUCGUUUUGCCCAUCCAGCCUACAUUGUAGCUCAGCAAGUAAAACACGAUUCUGCACAAGAAUCAUUAGUAAUCCCUGCAUGGAUGCGACGUGAAUAUUUGGCUGAGAAUGUUGGAACUAUUUUACGUUUCUUUGGAGUAGAAGAAGAAAUUAUUCAAUCAUGGCAAGAGUGGUGGUAUGCGCAGCUGGAUCAUUAUAAUAUGUUCUCUAAGAUUGCAAUUUAA